AUGUUUAAAGCUGGCAUCGAAGGUUACCAAGGUUUACCGGGUCCACAAGGUGUCAUGGGUAAAUAUGGUAUGCUUGGAGAUCAUGGUUUUCCUGGAUAUGUUGGACCACCAGGCUUUAUGGGACAAAGAGGAAGAAUUGGGCGAAAAGGAAGUAUUGGAAGACUUGGAUGGAAAGGUGAGAAAGGUAUUAAAGGUGUUCAGGGAGAGACCGGGUUGAUCGGUAUUCCUGGUAUCGUUGGUAUCAAAGGAGAAAUUGGUUCAAUAGGAGAAAAAGGAAGGACAGGAGAAAUAGGACACCAAGGUGAAAAAGGUUGUACAGGACAACAAGGAGAUCAAGGACCAUGUGGGCAGAUCGGUUAUCAAGGUGACAUAGGACUCGUCGGUGAGAGAGGUGGUCAAGGACCAAAAGGCACACAAGGUUCAGUUGGUCCAGUUGGUGAUCAGGGUGACAAAGGUCGACAAGGUCCAAAAGGUGAACAAGGUUCACACGGAUUGCAAGGUGAACAAGGGUCAAUAGGUAAUAUUGGUGGUAUUGGUGGCAUAGGUGAUCGUGGAAACAAAGGAGAAAAGGGUGUUCGAGGCGCUCAGGGUAUUCAAGGAGACAUUGGUAUUCAAGGACCACCAGGAUUUGAGGGAGAUCAAGGUUCUGUAGGAUUUAAGGGUGAAAAAGGUUAUGAAGGUGAUGAAGGUGAAGUUGGUCCAGAUGGAGAUAAGGGAAUGCAAGGUUUUAAAGGAGACGAAGGUGAUGUGGGAGCCAUGGGUUUCAAAGGGAUUACAGGAGACCAAGGUAUUCAAGGUCAAAUAGGGCCAACAGGAGAUCAUGGUGAUAAAAGCGAUAAAGGACUUCAAGGAACAGAGGGAAUUGAAGGUCCUAUUGGUGAACGUGGUUUUAAUGGAAGAGAAGGUCCUGCAGGUGAAGUAGGACAAAAAGGUGAAAAAGGUGAUAAAGGAAAUGAAGGCGAAAAAGGCGACAAAGGUUUUAAUGGACCACAAGGAAUUAUUGGUGAAAAAGGUGCACGAGGACCUCUAGGAAAUCAAGGUAGCAAAGGUUAUCGUGGUUUCAAAGGUGAAUUAGGAACUAUAGGAGACACAGGUCCAAAGGGUAUCGAAGGACCGAUUGGUAUAACUGGUCUCAAAGGUGAACAGGGUGAUAUUGGUAUCCGUGGAGAUCAAGGAGAUCACGGUGAUCGUGGUAUAAUCGGUGAUAAAGGCAAACAAGGUAUACAAGGAAUAAAAGGAGAUGCAGGUGAUCAAGGAAUAAUUGGUGAUAUUGGCCCAAUAGGACCGACAGGUGAAAAAGGUGUGAAAGGAGUUAUUGGUGAUAUCGGGGCACAAGGACAUAUCGGUUCGACAGGUGAUAUCGGUUUAACAGGACCAAAAGGUCCUCAAGGAAACGUAGGAUUGGACGGUGAAAUAGGAGCAACAGGUUUGAAAGGUGACACUGGUAUAAAUGGAACCAAAGGAGAUAUUGGUAUUGCCGGUGUUGUGGGCGAACAAGGAAUCGAAGGUGAACAGGGAGUCAUUGGUGCAAAAGGACAAUUAGGUCAUAAGGGUAAACUUGGACCAAUAGGUUCAAAAGGUGACAAAGGUUUUGAAGGAGAUGUUGGUCCUAUUGGUGAACAAGGAAUGCUAGGAAUAGUUGGACCUCAAGGUAUUGCUGGUACAAAAGGAGAUACUGGGAUUAAAGGCAUUAAGGGAGCUGUAGGUGAAAAAGGUAAAACUGGACUUCAAGGUGUAACAGGCAACAAAGGCGAGCAGGGUGUUAAGGGUAUUGUUGGUGGACAAGGCAAUAUAGGUGCUAAAGGUUAUGAAGGACCCAUCGGUUUACCUGGUCUUUCAGGACCUCGUGGUCUUACUGGUAAUGUUGGUGAGAAAGGUUAUGGUGGUAGUCGUGGAAGCAAAGGUCCUAUCGGUCUUCCAGGUGAACCUGGGUUAGCAGGGGAUGAAGGUCCAACUGGAGAUAUUGGACCACCUGGAGAAGCUGGUGCAUCUGGUGGUCCAGGAAAUCCAGGUCAACGAGGACCUCGUGGCGAUGUUGGAAAUUCAGGUCCACAAGGUCCUCCUGGUCCUUCAAGUGCAUCACCUACAACAUUGAAUGCUGCUAGUUUGAUGAGUCUUUUUACAACAAGUACUCAAAUAGCACAAUUAUUUAAUAUACCAUUGGAUAGAUAUAAACAUAUUGAUUUUUCAAAUCGAGUUAAUAACAAUCAAAAUCCAUUCGUAACUGCUUCAAGAUUUCUUGACAAUCUCAAACGUUUAUCAACUGAUAUUACAUUAAAAGCUAAACCUGAUGGAAGUCAAAUGCAUCCUGCUCGAAGUUGUCGAGAUAUUGCUGACUAUUAUCCAGAAAAAUUAAAUGACUUUUUAGGACCUUAUUUUAUUGAUCCAAAUGAAGGUUCGAAAACUGAUGCUCUACUUGUUUAUUGUAAACUAACUGAACGAUUGACAUGUGUCAAUGCAACGAAUGGAAUAAUUCAAUCAAAUCAAUUCUUAACAAAUCGAAUUCAUUAUGGUAAACCUAUUCGAUUAAUGGAAGAUCUUCUACAACAAUCUGAAUUUAAUUAUGAUAUUGAAACAAUUCAAUUACGUUUUCUUCGAAUACUGUCUGAACAAGCUUCACAAAAUAUAAUAUUUAAUUGUGGAAAUACAAACAUUGAUAUAUUAAAUCAUGAUGUUAAAUUAAGAACUAAAAAUGGUAUGAUGUAUCAAAUGUAUUCACUCAGUGAUGAUUCAUUACGAUAUAACAUCAUUAAAGAUGAAUGCAAAUAUUCUCAUGGUCAAACAAUUCUAUCAAUAUCAACAAAUAAAUCUGUACGUUUACCAAUCAUUGAUAUUGAAUUUCUAAAUAAUUUCAAUCGAAUUCAAAAUUUUACUAUAAAUAUAGGACCUGUUUGUUUUUCAUAA